AUGCGUCGUGGCGUGAUCACGUUAACUUGUCUAGUAGUGAUAGUGACAUAUGCACAAGAGAGUGGUAUGAUCACUUUUGUUGGUGCUAUAAAUUUGGAAUUGGGAGAGCAAAUAUCACAGCAGCAGGAGAAAGCAUUCGCCCAUGUAUUAAAGAUCGAUUCGAGUGAUGGUAAGGAGCAGACAAAGGCGAUCAAGUCAAUAGUGCCGGACAUAGAUGCAAAAGUGUUGGACCAAGGAGGUAUGAAGGACCAUGAGACUCAACCGGCGAGAUCGACAAUGACGUUCAAUCAGACAGUAAAGCACGGGAUACUGGAUGAUGGGAUUUCCAUGACUAGCACUAAAAGCUUCACAAAAGACGUUGCAACGACACCGAGAGUGAAGAAUUCUGCGGGCUCGUCGUUAAAUGAAACACAGAAGCUGGUUUCAAAGUACGAAUCUGUAAAUUCAAAGCUAGAUCAUAUGACAUCGGACGUGGUUGACGCUCUGGACUCGAUGGCGGGUGAUACAAUCGAAACUAAAGAUUUGACCCAGAUGAAAGAUCUAAAAAGGAUAGUGAAUGCUGAAGGUACGGAAGGCUCGAACGUGAAAGUUGAGACACAAAAUGUGGAUGUCAAAGCUGAAAUUGUAAGCUUUGAAAACAAUAAUGUGACACGAAAGGGAGUUUCAACGUCAAAUUACACAGCAGUGGAUAGUUCUCUCGAUACUGUCACCUCGAAGUUGGAGGGUGCUACACAUAUCGUCAGCCCCAAGCUGAAUGACGUUGUCAUGAGUCUGGGAUCGACCAGAGAUGGUGUUGAGCAAGAAGUGAAUCAUACGAUACACCCAACAGUGAAAACAACUAGUUCUGUGGUGAAAUCUCUGACUACAAUAACAAAUACCACAUCAACAAGUGUACCAUCCAUUGUCGAUACUGUUACUCCCACGUCAGGUACGACGUUAACCAAUUUUACACAAAGCGUCAAUACGGUGACGAAUAUUCCAAAUGAGAUGAUUACAACGACAAGCACAGCUACGAACACAAUCGGCAAGCCUGUGAUUUCUGCUGUCGAAACAGUGGUCAAGACAGCAACAAUUACAUCAGAACCGGUGUCAAAUGCAACAUCCUCCAUCGUCAAGAGGGUUACACCUUUACUGGACGCGGCAGCAUACCCAAUCGGAUCAUCAGUAAAGCUGGUGUCGCCUCCUGUAUCGAACACGCUAUCACCGCUUGCCCACCAAGUCUCGAGUGCAAAUAUGUAUGAUCUUACGGCAAAAACGAUAUCUGCACCUGCGCCAACAAACACGGUCACCGACGUAGCUGGAUCAACGUUAGGCUUAUCGACGAAUACGAUCGCAAAGCCUGUGACUUCGAAAUUGAAGGUGGUGACUGAUACAGGAGACUUAUCGCCAGCAACACCCGGAGUUGACAUGAUAGCAAAUACGACUGAAACAACGGUCACGUCGGUCUUACCUAUUAUCUCAAACAUAUCAUCACCUGAUGUCAACAAAGUCACGGGCUCGGUGUCUGACACAGCUGAUUUGACAGCCAACACUGUGACUAAAACUCCGUCUAGUGUGAUAAAGGCGAUGCCACCUGCUGUCAACAAAACGAUGGAUACGUUGACGAACACGGCAAUUGGCAGUGUAACUAAUAAGAUUCUGGCACCUGUGACGCCUUCUGUUCAGUCUGCAGCAGAAUUAAAGCUAAACCCGGUGACUGACGAUUCAUCCUCAGCAAUGGAAGAGGAAACACGUGUUGCUGACGCAGUAUUAAGCACGGUACCCGAUACGGCUGUUAACAUUAUGGCAGACAAAGCAAUCGACACGAUGGCGACAGAUACUGCACUCAUUUCUGCGUCCCCCACUCAAGCGGGUACACCACUGUUAUCUUCCGAAAAUUUUCAAAUCGUGAGUAAUACAAGGGAUACCAGUAUCGAUCAGCCGAUAAUGUCACAAACGCCGCCAGGAGUGACACCGACGACAAUGCCGACCGAGCAGACUUUGGACAAAGAGGAAGAGAAGACUGAAGUCAGCAAGUUUGACAUGAACGAUAUGGAAAUAAAGGAGACUCAAGAAGAGACCAAUAGGAACGACCGAGCUGGUAUAUUGGAGAACGAAGACAAAUCAGCUAAAAAUCACUUUGACGGUAACGAGACGCCAGUAGUUAGUAAGAGUCCACCUGCAUCGUCUGAUAUGACAAUGAAGCCGUCGACCAUGCCGAAUAAACUUCCUUUCUCGACUACUCCUGAGUACGAAUCAGGAUCAAGGGCAGAGUUGUCAGGGAGCCUAGACGACUUUGCUGCUGGUUAUCUGAGUCACAUGAACGAUCCUGACGUGGGCGAUAUAGAGCCACAAAGGACCUCACCUCCACAAUUAGCGAAUCCUUCCAAAUCUACACAACCGGAUAUCUUAACGCUUCCGACUAUCCCGUCCCCAGCUUUAUCGUCUGAUAGCAAAAAUAAUCCUGUGAGCCAGGAGGCUCAAGCUAAACAAGCCAAGGACAUCUCAGGAGAGUCCGAUUCUGGCACGUCAAUCUUUUUUGCCUUAGUUGGAUUAGCAGGUUGUGCCGCCAUCGUUGCCAUUGUUGCGUACAUGAAGAAAAUCGAGCCUAGUGCCACAAUUUCAGAUGAAGUACGUAGCUCUAUUUCGACGGCAAAUGGUGCUCGUAGUUCAUGGGAUAGUGUGUAUAAUGAUCCACUUGAAACGCGGUACUCAAGUAUCGUCAUGAUCACGCCGAAUGGAAAUGGAGUGUGCAUUUUGUAA